AUGUUUGACCCCCCACCUCCCCCUUACCUCUCAUUCCACCUUUCUAUCGCAGACUCAGCGAUUGUUUUGCUUCUUCGUACCUUGGAGGGUAACAACCAAACUCACGCACCUACGGCCUUUGCAUCGGACAUAUCAUUAACCGGCUUCUCCCUCCGCGAUCGAUUUUUUGGAACUCGGCAACGAGCGCAUGACGAGGUUGGCGAGAUCUUUACCUGGCACGGGGAGCCAGUACACGUAAAAGAAAAGGUUCGUGUAGAAAGCCAGGAUCCCAGCUUGAUGUCGGUUAUGGCCAAGUUGUCUGCCCUAGAGCAUGAGGUGAUGCGAUGUGUAGCUGCAUUAGGAAUGCUGAUGGGCAAUGAAGACACAGAGAGUGAGGCUUAG